CCACUGGCACUACUGGUAAGUCUACCCACUUUUCGUCUUAUCCAGAAGUGGCCAGCAGUGGGUCGAUUGUGGGUGUUUAACUCCCUAACUACGAAAUGCGGCCCCCCUCCCCUCCCUUAAAGGUGCAUGUAAUGACCUGGGGACGGAGGGGAAAGGACCGGAUGCUAUUUUGGAGAAGCAGCCUUUCUACAGUAAGUUAUAUGUUCUACUGUACAGUACCUAACCAGCAGCCUUUUUUUUUGUGGGUGGUUGCUGCAUGUUCCAUCAGAUGCUUUUCUUUAUUAUUUUAUUUUUUUUUCUGUGAUUAAGACGAUUUAAAUGUGGUGUUCUCCCGCAGUAGCUAGUUC